GUCGGCGGCAGAUUCGACUGUCGCAGCCACCACUGCGGACAAUAUGGCGGCGGCGUUAUCGCAGCUGGACGACGAGAUCGUCCACGGCAUGGCCAUCGGCGCGGUCUUCACUGAUUACGCCGGGAAGAUAAACUGCCUCGACUUCCACCGCAAGGAGGAUCUCCUCGUCACCUCCAGCGAGGACGACUCCAUACGACUCUACAACAUCACCAGCGCGACGUUGCUAAAGACUACAUAUCAUAGGAAACAUGGUGCUGACCGUGUCUGUUUUACUCAUCAUCCGAGUUCUAUCUUAUGCUCAUCAAGAUACAAUCUAGAGUCUGCAGAGUCACUCCGUUAUCUGUCAUUGUAUGACAACCGUUGCUUAAGAUACUUCAAAGGGCACAAAGACAGGGUUGUCUCAUUAUGUAUGUCACCUGUCAAUGAUAGCUUUAUGUCAGGAUCACUUGAUCACAGUGUCAGAAUAUGGGAUCUUCAUGUUAAUGUUUGUCAGGUUGGCUACCAAUCUUCAGCAAACUUGAGCUCACAAUAG